GCGACGAAAACUAACAGCUUCUAUAGGCUUCUAGCCAAGUUCUCUUGGAUUUUGAUUCGUGGAUUAGCAAACUAAAGCUUCUUUCUCGAGUUAUGGCUAGUUUGACUCACAUUGAAGGCGUUGCAGUCUCUUCAGAAUCUUUCGUAGCAUCAUCUGUCCGCACAAACUUUCUAUUCAACAUAUGAGUUAGCCUUGCACUAAAGCGCUAGCUUUUUGUUAGCUACAAUACUCAGAAAAUAUCUGUUAAAACAGCUAGCUAGCUAGCAGUAGCCAUUUGUGAAAUUGAUCUCUUUGGACACACCCUUUAAUUAUUCCUGUGGAUGUAAUGCGCAUGCGCGCUCAUUCCCCCAUGUGUGAGAAAAUAAUAUCCAAGAUCCAGAUCCAGAUCCUCCUGGCAGAAUCAUCUUUGUCUUGAGGGCCUGGUAAGCCACAAAGCACUACCAUAUAACAAUAUAGAUAACAAUAUGCAUGUACACAGGUCUUUUCUUCUUAGAUACACUAAACUACAGAUCCUGGAAGAAUCAAUUUUCUUCUUUCUUGAGGUCCUGCUAAAGAUGGGAACCAAUUUGUCAGUACCAGAGGUUGAUCAGAGUGGUAAGGUGGCCAUAGUAACUGGAGGGAACACUGGGAUUGGCUAUGAAUUGGUAAAAGGUCUUGCUGAGAUGGGGGCCACAACCAUCAUGGCAUCUAGGUCGGAGGAGAGAGCCAUGGCCGCCAUUGCCAAGAUAAAAGAGAGUUCGGACAAAGACUUGAAGAUAGAGUUCAUGCAUUUGGAUCUAGCCUCCUUCCAGGCAACCAAAGAUUUCGUGAGAGCAUUCAAAGAAAAGAACUUGCCACUUCACAUUCUCAUCAAUAAUGCUGCUGUUGCUGCGGUUCCAUUCAGCAGAACUGAUGACGGUAUGGAGAUGCAGUACCAGGUCAACCACUUGAGUCCCUUCCUGUUGACUCUGGAGUUGCUACCUACUGUGAUAGAGACGGCCUCUUCUUCUGGUGAUGGACGAAUACUGUUUGUAUCAUCUGUAGCUCACGUACGUGGCUGGGCAGGAACAGUCAACUUUGACACCAUCAACUCAGAACAAGACUAUGGCAGGUUUAAUGCUUAUGGUCGCUCCAAACUGUACAACGUGAUGACAACCUUUGCUCUCCAACGAAGGCUUCAGGAUGUUAACAUUACUGUAUCAGCACAGCACCCUGGAUUGGUUAAAACUGAGCUGUCAAGAGGUACUAGUGAUAAGGUUGUCAUGACUGCUCUUUUUAAACCAAUGGAGAUGAUUUUUGCUCGAACUCCUGUAAAAGGAGCUUCCACCACUUUGAACUGUGCUAUCAAUCCUGCUCUCAACUCACAGACAGCUCACUACUAUUCCAGUUGUCGAGAGACACAAUGUAGCCCAGACGCAAGGAAUGUGGAGUAUCAGGAAGAAUUGUGGAGGAGAAGUGUGGAAGGUUUGAGAGACCACCUUUCUCCUGAGAUACUGGAUAUGUAUGGCUCCACUCUACCCAUUGAGCAACCGACCACAGUGGCUACUGAGCAACCAACCACUGUGGCUACCACUGUUGAGCAAAUAACUACUGACCCUAAAGCAACGGCAAAUGCCGAAUAACUUGUUGUAUUAUAAUUUAUCGUAAAUAACUAUUGACCUCUCGUUCUGCAUAAUUGUUGUGUCUUUGAGUGGGCGUUAGGCAGCCAAGUGUUAAGACUUUUUUUAUAUCAACAGCC